UCUGCUCUUUCUCUAUAUACAUCAGAGACACAUAUAUAAAUACACAUACAUUUACAGCUAAACAGUCAAUUCUGUACACAUCACGAGGGUAGUUUUAUUUAAGUGCCCAUGGACCCUUCACUACAAAGUACUGACGGCUUCCUUUCUCUAGAAGAAUGCGGAGUAUUUCAAGGGGACAUCAAAAAGCAAAUGCAGCCCAGCGCAGAGAAUGAUCCCAAGUUACAAGAGCUAAAAAAGUUUCUCAUCGAAUGGAUCAACGUCCAGUUAAAAAAGGAGCACAUUGUUGUAAAGAGUCUGGAAGAGGACAUGUUUGAUGGUCUCGUAAUUCACCAUCUCUUACAAGCAAUAGGAGGAAUUAAGUUAGAUGUGGAAGAAAUGGCGAUGUCAGCUGCCAACCAGAAACGCAAGCUGGGCGUCAUUAUGGAAGCCAUUUCCCAGAAUCUAAAACUGGAAGACAGUGAGAAACGAUGGGAUGUGAACACGAUAUACAACAAGGACCUGCUAGCCACGCUGCACCUCUUGGUUGCCCUCGCUCGCCAUUUCCAGCCCGAACUGGCUCUUCCUCCAAAUGUUUCUGUAGAGGUGAUACUUCUGGAGCCAACCAGAACUGGGAUAAAGACAGAAAAAUCUAUUGAAUUUAUUACCGGGGAAGCGGUUAUCUCAUCCAAACAAGAUGCUUUUGAUCAACUUUUUGAACUGAAUCCAGAUAAAGUAGAAGUGGUGAAGCAGGCAAUAAUUAACUUUGUGAACAAACAUCUUGCAAAUCUGAACCUCACAGUGACAGAUCUGGAUACUCAGUUUGCAGAUGGGGUGAUUUUGUUGCUGCUAAUUGGCCAGUUGGAAGGCUACUUUAUAAACCUAAGCAGCUUCUUCCUAACACCAGGCUCACAUGAAAAUAAGAUCCACAAUGUUUCUCUUGCCUUGGAUUUGUUAAUGGACGGAGAGACAUUACAAUACCCUAUCAAUUCUGAAGAUAUUGUGAACAGAGAUUUAAAAUCCACUCUGCGAGUUCUGUACAGCCUGUUCCUUAAACACAAACAAAGCUAAAACGUCAAACAGAACAUUAGCUUAGUCAUGUCAUCCAGCAUUCAGAGAUGCCCAGCGUAUCAAAGGAGGAAAAAAAUGAAAAUUUCACAGAAAUGUUUUUUUUUUCUUUAUAAAUCUUUUUGUAGAACAUAAAAUAAAUAUGUACCGAUCUUGCUCCGUUUAUUUGUAAGAUAAUAAAUGUCAAUCUUUAUAGAAA